AUGUUUAUUUUCUGUACACCGUCCACAGUUACACUGAACAGUUAUCUGUGCACCGUGCCGUGCAGUUUGGCAGUGGACGUUAACCGCGAGGAAGAGAGCUGCCCACGCAUCAUCAGCCGCGACGGUUGGGCGGCCCGGGCGCCCCUGUCGGUGGAGUACAUGAUCGUCCCAGUCAAGAACGUCAUAGUGCAGCACUCGUUCACCCUCAAGUGCACGUCGCUCACUCUGUGUUCCCAGAGGGUGUCGCUCAUACAGGAUUUCUACAUGGACGAACGGCACGAGGAUGAUAUUGCUGAAUCGUUUCUUAUUGGUGGAGAUGGCAACGUAUACGAGGGCACAGGAUGGCACAGAGUCGGCAACCACACCGAAGGCUACAACUCGAAAGCAAUUGGCAUCUCCAUGAUCGGUGACUUCAGGGACAUGCUGCCCCCUGCGCGUCAACUGGAGGCACUGAGACACCUGCUGCGGUGCGGCGUGGCCUCGGGAGAGCUGGACCCGGACUACAAGCUGUUGGCACGGCGCCAGCUGUCCCGGGGCGAGGCCCGCGGUGUGGGCGUGGCCUUAUUCCUCGAGCUGCAGACGUGGCCGCAGUGGGCCGGUCAGCCGUCCCUCGGCUGAGACCCACCUCCCCCCGCCCUCUAGUGCAUGGCUUUCCCGUGGGCUAGCACUCACAAGCUGCUCUAACUCCAAACAGGACUGUGAAUCAUGCAGCUUGUCGAGGUUACUAAAUACACAUCAGUUGCCUGUUCAGCAAUAUAACACAACACAUACUACAUGCAUUUUGAGAGUAGUUCAACUUGCCAUCUAGGUAAAUUUUAAAUAAUCAGUUAAUGUUACUAACACAGUGAAUUGAGAAUGAUUUAAAUACAGACAUGCCAACAGUCAUUGAUCAGCCAUUAUAGCUAAGAAAUUUCCUUCAAAUUACACUUUGGUACUUCAGUAAUUACGACUUAAGAUUAGAUCUGGCAAAUCAGAAAUGAGGUUUAUUUAUUUACUAUUUUAUUUACCAAAUUUUGAAGAUCACAUCAGGAAGAUGGUGGCCAUCAGCAGCGAUACAUUGAUGAAGGUGGUUUCGGAUAUUUUCGACAACUUUUUGCCACAUUCCUGAAUUCGCUUCUUCGGUUCUUCCAAGGUGUGAGGGCUAUGUUUGAAAACCUUUUCUGCGAGGUAACCCCAAAGGAAAAAAUCACAAAUACUAAAAUCCUGUCAUAAUGGGCCCCAGAUUUAAGCCUUUGUAACUUCUUCCCGUGUAGUUAUCUAAAGGAAAAAGUUUUCAAACAUCAUCCUGAAGAACUGAAGAUACAAAUUUGGGAGUAAAUCACCGCUGUACCCCUCAAAAUGUGCCAAAAAGCGGUCAAAGAGUUCUGAAAUCGCCUUCAUCAAUGCAAUGCUGCUAAUAGCCACCAUCUUCCUGAUUUAAUCUUCAGAACUUAAUAAAAAAAAAUGGGAAUGUAUUGUUACAAUUUACCGCGGGUUCGUAAAGGAUAGCACAAUUAAAGAUUUUUAUCACACACACAGUUUUAUUUAUUACCACUACUUAUGUCACUUACAAAUAUCUUCUAAAAUGGCAAAUAAUUAAUUACACUUAAAGAAAGGUCUAUUCCCCAGUCACUCGUUCCAAACAAACCGCUGGGCCGCACCUCUGGCACAACUCUCGCCGCAGCACCCCUCGAAGGUCUCCGCCGCGGGACUCCGUCGCCGCACUCCGCCGCCGCUGUCACACCCUUUGCCGAGAUACCACUCGACUCCUCGCUCGCAACUUCGUUCGGGACUCCGUCGUGCCCGGAAACUCCGCCGCGGGAAAACUCCCGACUCCACUGAACUCACUCACUCCCUGCCCUGGAACCUUCGUCCAAGGACUUCGCCACUCUGCUGCACCCGCGGCACUAUCGCCUGGAUCUCCGCCGCGGGAGAACUCCCGACUGAACACUCCGAACUCACUCAGCCUCCACUGACUCGAAGGUCGGCCCCACCUCUUUAUAUAGCCCUUGGGUUCCUGUCCAGAACAAUCGGGAAUGUCUCAGAGAUAUUGCGCGACCUUCGCCGUCGAAAUGCCCAGAAACGCGUCUUGAGUCCUGUCGAAGGACGCGGCGGCUGCUCAAAGAACGCCGAUAAAUGCAACACGCAUCGGGUUCCCACAAAACGCGCCGAUAAACAUGUCCGAGUCCUUUUAUGCCGCAGUGCGGCCUCUUAUAAGUAACUCGAUCUGAGGCAGGUGCGCGCUGCGAAGGCCAGGAUGUCGCGAGAUACCAGGGAGAGGAUGCGGGUGGAAGGGAACGCAGACAGGCCGAACAAGCACUGUAGCCAAGCGCAAUCGUAACAUUGCCCCCUCCUUAAACCUGUUCGUCCCGAAUAGGUAAUGCAUCUCCUCCUGGAGGUCCCCAUGCUACUCGAAGUUUAGGCUUCCUGCCUUUCCUCCAUCGCGGGUUGUACAGUCUCACCAGAUAACCCUCUCUCGCAGUAGAUGUAGCUUCUCGUCACCCGGCGACACUUCUGCGUCGCAGAUGCCCCAUGUUGUUCAGCCAGCUGCUCAAGAAGGGCCAACCGUGCCCUUGGACGGACCCAAUACUCUUGAGUGCAUUGCUUAUUGCCUUCCAACAGUUUCCUUGUUUCUUCCCUUUUUCUCUCCAUUUCUUCUCUCGCAGCUACUUGUUCGUACAGCAUUUCUUCCCGGCACUUUUUCGUCUCUUCUCGGUUACUCAUGCCCUCUUGGUUCUUCUUAGUCUUGCCUGGACUGCACUUAGUUUCUCCAUGUACCCUCUUCAUGACUCCUUGUGUUCUCAUUUUCUCUUCUUGGUCUUUCUUCCCCUGUUCUUGGUCCUUCUUCACCUUUUCUUGGUCUUCCUGUGUCUCUUCUUGGUCUUUAUUCGUUUCUUUGCGCUUCUCUAUCUCUUCUUGACCCAUCUCUUCUAGGCUUUUCUUCAGCUCUUCUUGGCAUUUUCCCCUCUCUCUUUGGUUUAUCUUCAUUUCUUCUUGUUCAAUAUUCCUUAGUUUGUAACUCAUCUUCAAUACUUCUGUGCUUUUCUUCAGCUCUUCUUUCAUCUUCAUUUCCUGGCUGUUCUCCUCUCCUUGGCUAAUGUCCUCUUCGCUGUGUUCUUCGCUGUGCUCUUCAAUGUUCUCUUCAAUGUUCUCUUGACUGUUUUCCUCUUCGCUGUUCUUCGCUGUUCUCUUCACUGUUCUCUUGACUGUUUUCUUUUUCGCUGGUCUUCUCUUUGCUGUUCUUCUCUUCGCUGUUAUUCUCUUGGCUGGUCUUCAUUUCGCUGGUCUUCAUUUCGCUGUUCUUCUCUUCUAGGCUUAUCUUCACUUCGGUCUUCAUUUCAUUCUUCAUUUCAUUCUUCAUUUCCUCUAGGCUAUUAUUUGACCCGCUCUUCGUUUUUUCAUGAUGGUCCUUACUCUCAUUAUUUUCACUCUUCACUUCUUUCACACAGUUCUUCAUACUGGUUCUCCAUGCCCUCAUGUCAUUCACCAUUUCUUCCAGGAGAACCCUUAUCUUCCCGAUAUCUUCUACACUUAACUCUUCAGCAGCCAUCUCUUUCUAAAGCAUUUACUAAUUAAUCAACGUAAAUAAUUUUUUUUUUCUAAUACUGUUCUUAAUUUUAAUUGGUCUAGCCAAACCUUCUAAUUAAACUAACAAUAACUCUAUUACAUUCAAAACUAACACUGACUACAGUAUACUCAAACUAACUCUAAUAAAUUCCAAAUUCACUAAAGUUCUAAACACUAACUUUAUUCUCGAAAAACUAAAUCCUAUUUCUUAACUUUUAUUCUAAUAAUAAAACUGAAUCCUAUAUCUAUUAAUUAGGUCUAUCCCACUUCUGACACCAAAAUGUUACGAUUUACCGCGGGUUCAUAAAGGAUAGCCCAAUUAAAGAUUUUUAUCACACACACAGUUUUAUUUAUUACCACUACUUAUGUCACUUACAAAAAUCUUCUAAAAUGGCAAUUAAUUACACUUAAAGAAAGGUCUAUUCCCCAGUCGCUCGUUCCACACACCUCGCUGGGCCGCACCUCUGGCGCAACUCUCGCCGCAGCACCCCUCGUGGGUCUCCGCCGCGGGGCUCCGUCGCCGCACUCCGCCGCCGCUGUCACACCCUUCGCCGAGAUCCCACUCAACUCCUCGCUCGCAACUUCGUUCGGGACUCCGCCGCGCCCGCGACUCCAUCGCCCGGAAACUCCGCCGCGGAAAAACUCCCGACUCCACUGAACUCACUCACUCCCUGCCCUGGAACCUUCGUCCAAGGACUUCGCCACUCUGCCGCACCCGCGGCACUAUCGCCCGGAUCUCCGCCGCGGGAGAACUCCCGACUGAACACUCCGAACUCACUCAGCCUCCACUGACUCGAAGGUCGGCCCCACCGCUUUAUAUAGCCCUUGGGUUCCCGUCCAGAACAAUCGGCAAUGUCUCCGAGAUAUUGCGCGACCUUCGCCGUCGAAAUGCCCAGAAACGUGUCUUGAGUCCUGUCGAAGGACGCGGCGGCUGCUCAAAGGACGCCGAUAAAUGCAACACGCAUCGGGUUCCCACAAAACGCGCCGAUAAACAUGUCCGAGUCCUUUUAUGCCGCAGUGCGGCCUCUUUUAAGUAACUCGAUCUGAGGCAGGUGCGCGCUGCGAAGGCCAGGAUGUCGCGAGAUAGUAUGACACGAGAUACCAGUGAGAGGAUGCGGGUGGAAUGGGGCGCAGACAUGCCGAACGAGCGCGGCGACGCCAAGCACUGUAGCCAAGCGCGAUCGUAACAGUAUAUUGAGUACAAUAAAAUAAACAUAAUUUCUGUAAGUAGAUCUGAUUUUUUUAAUAGCCCUUCAAAACCAAUACACAUAUUUUGCCCUAUCCUGUAUUAUCUUCAAUGGACUAUAGUAGCUUGGGGUUUGGAGAGAGUGGAGAUAUAGUGUCCCAAAUUAUGAUAAAUAAAUGAAAUUAUUACAAAUUAUUCAAAAAUGACAUAUUAUUGAAAAAUAAAUUAUGGCGGAGCCAAAUACUCAUUAAUCAGGAUGGCUAGCAAACCUGUGAUAAAAAUUUUCUGACUUUUCCAGGCUUGCAAAAAAUAUUCCCUGACCAAUAAAUUAGCACGGUAGAGCAUCCCCCCAACCGGAAUCAUUGGGGGGAGGUUUAUUCCGGUUAUGGGAAAAUUCCAGGUAAGGGGAGUUGCAGUAGGGCCGGCCUCCAGGCCGGUUGAAUGACCUUCAUUCAAGCAAGCUGGCAGGCACGUGUUUCUUAUCUCUAUUGGUGGGUGCAUGCGUGAGCGAAGAGGACAAGAAGAAGGUUCGGGGGAGGUAGUAGGGCUACAGCUGCAGUGUUGUGUUACUUCUGUGUUGACAUGCUAGUGAUUCACACUUCCUGGAGAGUGUAUAGUCACUGCCACGCACAGUUUACAUUUCACAUACACAAGAAUAACACUUCAAGCAUCUCGUUUAAAAACACAGAGAUCGAGAAAUACAGGUAACUGUAGACUGUUUAACCAUAUAUUAAAUAUGUACAUAAUAAAUAUUUGUACACUAAAUUAUUGUCUACAAACUGAAAGCAUCACACGUUGUAAGUAAAUGUUACUCGCUAUCACUUGUGUCAGCGUGUGUAGUGGGAGUUGGUGUACAUACUCUCGGGCCGGCAAGAAUUUUCAGUUUACUUGACGUAGUGAAACAAUAAAACUACUUAUAGCAUAAACAUCUAUAUAGUAAUUCACGUCCGAUGCGAAAACCAGCGGUGUAUUUACGCAAUGCGAGGGAAAGACUGGCUAUAAUUAGCUCUCUGACAGACGUGUGCGCGCACGCCUACAAGACAUGUACAGUCAGGCAAAAGCAAAAACUCCUCGUUCCAGUCCGGAAAUGUUUUGGAGAUGUUUUGCAAUGUUUUAAUAUUGUUUGGAAAAUUAGUUCUGGAUAUCGGGAGUUCCGUUUGUGGGAAUUACGGUUGAGGGGUGCUCUACUGUAUUUAGAAAAUAAACAUCAAACAUUCAAAUUCAUAAUCGCUACUAUAGAAACAGGCGAGCAUAAAUUAUUUUAUUCUCUACUUCGAAACACUGAAGUCAAUGCAUGUAGUCAAAGUGCUGAUAUAUUUAUAACAAAAAAGGAAUGUGAAGAAAUCUUUUUUAACAUUUAGUUACAGGUUUGAAAGGAAGAAUAAUUUAUGUGUACAUGGAACCGGUACAUAACCAAAUAAAUCUCUGCUAUAACUUACAACUUUUCAAUUACCUCAUAAUUAAUUACAAACAUUACCGGACUACCUUCGAAAUUCACGGAACUUUUCCUGCAGCUGUACAAUCCCCUGCUCUUCCUGAUUUUCCUGUUAUUCCCUGUUGCUAGCCAUCCUAUUAAUGUGCUGAGAUCAAAUGGCAUGCACGCCAGUUAGAGGAGUCUCUGUGACAGUUUCUACACCUGCGGGAGCCGAGGCUUUCUAGACUGUGAGGGGGGUCGUGGUCGCAUGGUUGGGGUCUUCACCACCGCAUCUUCGUCGUCAUGAAACCUGGCGACCAGUCGGGCCACAGACAGCCCGCCGGGCUCGGCAGGUCUCAGCACUGGCGGUGUGUCCGGGGUGGAUGCACCUGAUGAGUCGGAGGGCUCCAGCAGGCCACGCAUCGGUGCCAGCCGGAGGGCCCGCCCUUUGGACAGCGACAACUUGCGGAUCCUCACAGAGAAUCUGGAGCCACGGGUGAGAGGAGGCUGUGGAGAGUUCUCAUCUCUGUCCUUUCGUAGCACAGCCAUGACUGCUGGGUUCGUAGUGGACACAAGCUCUUGCUUGGUUAUGUCUGGCCUCUGGGAAGAGUCCUGCCGCCCACACGACUUCACACCUCCCGAUUUAGCUCCCGCCCGCAGUCUGAAGAAUGAUGGCUUGUACAUUGGUCGACCUGACUCCUCCGUGGUUGCUAUUCUCCCACCGCUGACUCGCUUGUGGCGAUAGAAGUGUACUGCCCCUGCCACCAGCACCAUUAGAGGGACCACGCCCAGGAAGAUUGAAUACAGCGAGAUGGCGAGCUGUAUGUUACCUGAAAUUAAAGCCAUUAGCACUUCGCUGUGUAUCUAAA